UUUUCUUUUUAUUUUAAAAUUAUUUAGCUUCAUUUAUGUUUACCGUUGCUUUGUUCAAUCAGAUGGGUCAAAGUCUCUGAUCAACUUGUUUGAUUUGGUUGCAGGAUCUUAAAAGAUAUUGUUUUGGUUGUCUGGAAAACAAAUCAGAGCAAAAAUGUUUAAGCGAGUGUUUGGGAAGGCAAAGCAGGAACCCAAUGCCCUGCCAACUAUACACAAAUUAAACGAUACACUUGAGAUGCUCGAGAAAAAGGAGAAACUUCUUGUAAAGAAGGCCGCUGCGGAGGUUGAGAAGGCUAAACAAUUUACUCAAGCACGAAACCGAACUGCGGCAAUAAAAUGUUUAAAGAGGAAAAGGCUUUACGAACAACAAAUUGAGCAGCUCGGAAAUUUCCAAUUGCGCAUUCAUGAUCAGAUGAUAAUGCUGGAAGGUGCAAACGCUACAACGGAAACUGUUGAUGCAUUGAGAAGUGGAACAUCUGUGAUGAAGGCCAUGAACAAAGCCACGAAAAUUGAUGAUUUGGAGAAAACAAUGGAUGAGAUCAAUGACCAAACUGAAAGCAUGAAGCAGAUUCAGGAGGCUUUGUCAGCGCCUAUUGGUGCAGCAGCUGAUUUUGAUGAAGAUGAAUUGGAAGCAGAGCUUGAAGAACUGGAAGGAGCUGAAUUGGAGGAGGAGCUUUUCCAGCCAGCCACAACUGCCCCCGCAGCUGCAGUACCCGUAAAUGCCCCGGUAGGCAGGCAACCAGCCCAACCAGCUCCGCAGAGGAACAACCGUGAGGAGGAUGAGCUUGCUGCAUUACAGGCAGAGAUGGCACUUUAAGAGGUUACUUACAUGUAUCAGUUGUUAACAUAUAGAAGAAGAAAAUUAAUAAAACUUGAAUUAUGGAGGAUGAUGCGAAUCUCUCGGACUCUCCAGACUGACUUGUGACUUUUAAUACUGCAUUUGAUGGUCUGUAUGUAUACAAAAUAAUAAGUUGGUAAAACUGUUUUUAGUACUUUGUAAUAUAAUGGGUCAAAUAUUAGGCUUCUUUGUACAACUAAUACUGGGAACUUAUAGUCGUUUUUUUUCUUCUUCCAUCAUUAUCGAAAUCUUAUUAUGAUUUUAC